UCGUCGCCACCAUUUUCGACAUCUGAAAUGCCAUUUGAAAUUCCUUACCCAUCACCAUCAAUCACCGUCUACAAAAAGCCCACCGCUACUAAAACACCCAAAAAUUUGAUUUCUCUCACCAUCCCUACUGAAAUUCCGUGGAAUAUCGCCGGACUUGGCAAGAUUUUACAUUUCAGCACUGAUUUGGACUCUUAUGAGCCUAGUUCGAGUCCUGACUUUUUUGAUUGA